AUGGCGAUCAUCUCCGAGGACAUCAUGCAGGAGGAUGAGGCGUCGCCACCCCAGCAGCAGCAGGCAGCGGCCGCCAAGAAGAAUAAAAAAAAUGAAACCAACCCAAAAGCUAACCCUUCUGCCCAGCCAACGGGUCGACGCCCCGUCCUCGCCGCCAAGAAGGAUAACAGCACGGAGAUGGAGAAGGUGAAGGAGGAGAGCAAAGCGAGACAACCAAACGCUGGCAACGGCCUUGACCUGGACAAGUACUCGUGGUCGCAGCAGCUACCGGAGGUGAACCUCUCCAUCCCCGUCCCCGAAGGAACCAAGGCGAGGUUCGUCCUAUGCGAGAUCAAGAAGGACCAUCUCAAGGUCGGGCUCAAGGGCCAGCCUCCCAUCAUCGACGGCGACCUCCACAAACCGGUCAAGGUCGAGGACUGCUUCUGGAGCAUCGAGGACGGGAGGUCGCUGUCCAUACUGCUCACGAAGAGCGAGUGGUGGAAAUCCCUAAUCAAGGGCGAUCCGGAGAUCGACACCCAGCGUGCCAAACCAGAGAGCAGCAGGCUCUCGGAUCUGGACCCCGAGACGAGGCAGACCGUGGAGAAGAUGAUGUUCGACCAGCGCCAGAAGCAGAUGGGCCUGCCCACCAGCGAGGAGAUGCAGAACCAGGACAUGCUCAAGAAACUCAAGUCCCAGUACCCGGACAUGGACUUCUCCGGGAUGAAGAUGCCUUGUUGA